GAGCAGUCUCUAUCCCUGUCUCUUUGUCCAACUAAAAGGCUCCUCCUCCUCUUCAUUAAUAAUUUCAUCCAAUCGUUAGUCUCCUUCCUACCAGAUUAAGGCUCUGAGAGAGAUAAAGAGCUUGGGAGGGAGUUUGAGCACAUUUUUUUGUUAAGAAUCCAUUCAAGAAGUUUCAGGCUUAAUUUAUACAUACAUUAUCCUUGAAAUCCAUCCAAACUUUAUCUCAUCUCUUUCUUGCACUCUCUAGCUUCCUGUUAGUGUGCACUUGAGCAAAAAGUGUUGUGCUAAAAUGAGGAUAGCAGUGAUUGGAGCCGGUAUCAGUGGUUUAGUAUCAGCUUAUGUUCUUGCAAAGGAAGGUGUUGAUGUGGUGCUCUAUGAGAAAGAAGAUUACUUAGGUGGUCAUGCUAGGACUGUUACCUUUGAAGGUGUUGAUUUGGACUUGGGAUUCAUGGUCUUCAAUCGUGUAACAUACCCGAAUAUGAUGGAGUUCUUUGAGAGUCUUGGAGUUGAUAUGGAGACAUCAGAUAUGUCAUUCUCUGUCAGCUUAGACAAAGGCAAGGGUUGUGAAUGGGGAAGCCGGAAUGGGUUCUCAAGCUUAUUCUCUCAAAAGAGGAACAUUGUUAAUCCUUACUUCUGGCAAAUGAUCCGAGAAAUUAUCAAGUUCAAGGAAGAUGUGAUUCAGUACAUUGAGCAUUUGGAAACCAAUCCUGACAUUGACCGCAAUGAAACCUUAGGCCACUUCAUUAAGUCCAAAGGAUACUCUCAGUUAUUUCAGAAAGCUUAUCUGAUUCCAUUUUGUGGGUCUAUAUGGUCAUGUUCUUCAGAAGGAGUAAUGAGCUUUUCAGCCUUUUCAGUUCUUUCAUUUUGCCGCAACCAUCAUUUGCUUCAGCUUUUCGGCCGACCCCAGUGGCUUACGGUUAGAUGGCGUUCACAGUCUUACAUUGACAAGGUAACGGAGGAAUUGGAUCGCCGAGGUUGUCAAAUAAAAACAGGCUACGCAGUAAACUCUGUUUCAACAUAUAACGGAGGUUGCACUGUAACAUGCUUAGAUGGUUCAAGUGAAAGCUAUGACGCGUGCAUAAUGGGUGUCCAUGCACCUGAUGCUUUGAGCAUGUUAGGAGAAGAAGUAACAUAUGAGGAAAAAAGAAUACUUGGAGCCUUUCAAUAUGCCAGCAGUGAUAUAUUCCUUCAUCACGACAAAAAUCUAAUGCCUCGAAACCAGGCAGCAUGGAGUUCAUGGAAUUUUCUGGGGAACACAGGAAACAGAAUCUGCUUGACCUAUUGGCUCAAUGUACUCCAGAAUCUUGAUGAAACGGGUCAACCUUUCCUUGUGACGCUCAAUCCACCUCAUACACCUGACAACACCUUGCUUAAAUGGACAACAAGUCAUCCAGUUCCUUCAGUUGCUGCCUCAAAAGCUUCUCUUGAGCUUGAUCAAAUCCAAGGCAAGAGGGGAAUAUGGUUCUGUGGAGCAUACCAGGGUUAUGGAUUCCAUGAGGAUGGACUAAAGGCAGGCAUGAUUGCUGCGCAUAGUGUUCUUGGAAGGAACUGUAAUUUAUUGACAAAUAAAAAGCAUAUGGUACCCUCUCUGACAGAAACAGGAGCACGCCUUUCCGUGACUAGAUUCCUUGGUAAUUUUAUCUCCACAGGUAGUUUGAUUUUGUUAGAGGAUGGAGGCACAGUUUACACGUUUGAGGGUACAAAAGGAAAAUGCCAUCUUAAAUCUGUCCUGCGGGUUCACAAUCCUCAGUUUUACUGGAAGAUUGCUACACAGGCUGAUUUAGGCCUUGCAGAUGCUUACAUCAACGGCGAUUUUUCCUUCGUUGACAAGGAAGAAGGUCUUCUAGAUCUAUUCAUGAUAUUCAUUGCCAAUAGGGAUAUGAAUAACUCUGUUAACAACAGUAAAAGGGGUUGGUGGACACCAAUGUUUUUUACUGCUGGAAUUGCAUCAGCGAAGUACUUCCUCAAGCAUGUUUCAAGGCAAAACACACUAACGCAAGCUCGCAGAAACAUAUCUAGACAUUAUGACCUGAGUAACGAUCUAUUUGCACUGUUCUUGGAUGACUCAAUGACAUACUCAUGUGCUAUUUUUAAGAAAGACGGUGAGGACUUAAAGGUUGCACAAAUGAGAAAAAUCUUACUUUUGAUUGAAAAGGCUAAAGUUGAAAGCAAACAUGAAGUUCUUGAGAUUGGAUGCGGUUGGGGUACAUUGGCUAUAGAACUUGUAAGAAGAACUGGAUGUAGAUACACUGGCAUCACACUAUCCGAGGAGCAGCUGAAAUAUGCAGAAAUUAAAGUGAAAGAAGCUGGCCUUCAGGACCGUAUACGGUUUCUUCUGUGUGAUUAUCGUCAAGUGCCUGAUAACAUCAAAUACGAUAGGAUUAUAUCAUGUGAAAUGUUAGAAGCAGUCGGGCAUGAAUUCAUGGAGAGCUUUAUGAAUUCAUGUGAUUCAGUUUUGGCUGAAAAUGGUCUUCUUGUACUACAGUUUAUAUCAAUACCAGAUGAACGGUAUAACGAAUACAGACAAAGUUCAGAUUUUAUAAAGGAGUAUAUUUUCCCUGGAGGUUGCCUACCGUCUUUGAGUAGAUUAACAACAGCUAUGGCUGCUGCAUCCAGACUCUGUGUGGAGCACAUUGAAAAUAUAGGAAUUCAUUAUUACGAAACACUAAUUCGUUGGAGGAAUAAUUUCAUGGCAAGACAGAGUGAAAUUGUUGCACUAGGAUUCGACGAAAAGUUCAUCCGAACAUGGGAAUAUUACUUUAUAUACUGCGCUGCUGGGUUCAAAACACGCACACUCGGAGUCUAUCAGAUUGUGUUUUCUCGUCCUGGCAACCUUUCUGCAUUCAAGGAUCCUUACAAAAGCAUCCCUUCAGACUUCUGAGUCCACAGUGAUGGACCGCAUAUCCAAUUUGUUUGUUUUGCUUCCACAUCUACAACCCUUGACAAUUCCAAGGGGUGUGUAGUUUUAGCAUUGGUUUUGUUUAAUCUUUUUCAUCAUCUUGUUACUAAAAGUCAAUCAAAUGAGAUCGAUCAGAAGAGAAUUGAAAAGAGAAAUUGUGAAACCGGAGAAAUUUUACAUGAAACUUUGGUGUGCAUACGGCACCUUGCUUGGGUGCACUGGGUGCCUGCAAGUUGGUUGUCAAGUCAUUUUAGCUUCAUAAUGUAAAAAAGAAAAGAAAACAUAAUAUGCUACGCAGGCAAAUAAUCAAAUAAAAGUUAUUUUAUUUAUAA